AUGUUCUCCGCGGUAACAUUCUUGCUUCUUGCGGCGAGCUUCGGCUCGUCGUUGAGUGGGGCCAGCCCGGAUGUGACAGAAAAACCCUCAAAUCAACCCACUCUACCGACAUUUAGUGGAUGGUCUGGUUUUCCAACUAAAUCUCCGUUAAAUCCAAUUCUGUAUACGUUAUUUGCAACGAAACGUCCGGAAUAUGUAACUCUAUCCCCGGUAUAUUCAACUAAAGUUCCGGAAUAUCCAACGAAAGUUCCUACAUAUCAAACUUUCAAAACUCCGGAAUAUCCAACUAAAGUCCCGGAAUAUCCAACGAAAAUUCCGACAUAUCCAACAUUCAAAACUCCGGAAUAUCCCACUCCUACAAAAUAUCCAGUAUAUCCAUCGCAAUCUCCUGCAUAUCCAACUCAGUACCCUGAAUAUCCAUCGCCGUAUUCUGAAUAUCCGUCUAAAUAUCCUGUAUAUCCCGAUCAGUAUCCAGUAUAUCCAAAUCAGUAUCCGUUUGAUCUGGCUCAAUAUCCAGUAUAUCCGAAUCAGUAUCCGGUAGAACAAGAUCAAUAUCCACCACGAUCACCGUUGUAUCGAGGGAGACGUCCGGUAUAUCCAAAUGAACCUCCGGUAUACCCAGAUCUACCGCUAUAUCCGGGUUAUCAACCAGGAUAUCACCGACGCCCUCCAGUAUAUCCUCCGGUGUAUCCGUACGAUCCCGUUGAUGAUAAAAAACCAGAUCCAUAUUUCCCCGAUGUAACAGAAAACGAAUAUGUACCAGUGUGGUGCACAAUAUUUAUAACCUUUAACUUGUGUGACUUAUAUGGAGCCAACGUUGCCUAG